AUGUCGGACAACAUCAUCGUAAAGAGUGUAGCAGGAACCUGCAUAACAUUCUCCUUUAUCCUCGCUGGAAAUGCCAUAACACAAUCCUACAUGACGGUCCCCGCCCUCCUCGUCUCCUUCCCCCCACCAGGCUCUCCCGACCACAAAGACCGCGCCCGCCUCCUCGGCCGUCAAUGGCCCCUCUGCUGGACCGUCGGCAACCAAUUCUUCCGACCCAUUUCCACGCUGGGAUUCCUAGGCUACUCCUACGCGGGCUAUGCCGUGUACCGCGAGGGUAUGCUUGCGCGCAGCGACUGGAAGCUAUUUGGUGUGGCGGCUGCGCUGCACUUGACGACGAUUUUGCAUUCGGCGCUGAAUAUGCAGCCGUUGAAUGAUAAGCUGGAGGCGCUGGCGGAGAGGAGCUCGGAGAAGGAGUUGGGUGAGGCUGAGGAGGUGGCGAGGAAGUGGGCGAACUGGAAUAGGCUGAGGUUGGUGACUCCGGUUGUUGCUGGUAGUUUGGCGCUGUGGAAUUUGCUGUCGUUGUAG